AUGGAUUCUAAUCCCCUUGAGCGCCGCGAGGGCGGCGCGGAUCAAUUCCUCGAUCUCAUCCAGGAUCCGUUCAAAUCAGCUUUUCAAGUGAAAGCUGUCUGGGCCUCCUUGGCUACCUCCGCGGGCCUCGCUAUCAUCCUCGCCUUGCUCUUCUCGCUCUUUCGCCCUCGACACUCGGUGGUUUAUGCCCCUAAAGUCAAGCAUGCCGACCGCAAACACACUCCGCCUCCCGUGGGAAAGGGUCUUUUCGCCUGGGUGAAACCGGUUCUGAGCACCAGAGAGCAGGAGUUGAUCAACAUCGUCGGUCUCGAUGCCGCCAUUUUCCUGCGCUUCACCAAGAUGUGCCGCAACGUUUUCAUCCUGCUCAGCAUCAUCGGCUGCGGCAUCAUGAUUCCCGUCAAUAUCACUCAGAGUGACGGCAACGGCAAUGACCUUUCCGUGUUUUCCACCAUGACUCCGUUGAACGUCAAAUCGAAUGCGAUUUGGAGUCAAGUCGUCUGCGCCUGGACCUUCGAUAUCAUCAUCGCCUACUUUCUCUGGAGGAACUACAGCGCCGUCCGAGCACUCCGCAGGGCUUAUUUCGAAAGUUCGGAUUACCAGCGCAGUCUGCACGCCCGGACUUUGAUGAUCACCGAUGUUCCUGCCUCGGCCCGAUCCGACGAGGGUGUGAUGCGCCUGGUCGACGAAGUCAACCCUACCGCCGCCGUACCCCGAGCUUCCGUUGGCCGUAAUGUCAAGGGCCUCCCCGCUUUGAUCAAGGAACACGAGGAAGCGGUGCGGGAGCUCGAGUCGGUGUUGGCCAAAUAUUUCAAAAACCCGGAUAAAUUACCCGUCAAUCGGCCGACUAUGCGGCCCCCGCGGAAAUACCGAGGCGACGGCGUCAAGGGCAAGGUGGAUGCCAUCGACUUCUUGACCGACCAAAUUCAACGGCUAGAGGAAGAAAUUAAGCAUGUGCGCGGGUCCAUUGACAAGCGUAAUGCGCUCUCUUUCGGCUUCGUCAGCUGGGAAAUGAUUGAGCAUGCGCAUGCGGUGGCCUACACUGCGCGCAACAAGCAUCCUCAAGGCACCACCAUCCGUCUGGCUCCCCGGCCGAGCGACCUGAUCUGGGAAAACCUGCCGUUGUCGAAAUCGGCUCGCAAAUGGAAGCGGUUCAUGAACUGGAUCUACUCGGCCAUCUUGACGGUGAUUUGGAUCGUUCCCAACGCCCUUAUCGCCGUCUUCUUGUCCAACCUGAACAACCUGGGUUUGGUCUGGCCGGCUUUUCAGACCUCGCUGAGCGGCCAUUCCGAGGUCUGGGCCGCCGUGCAAGGUAUCUUGUCGCCUGCCAUUACCUCUCUUGUCUACAUCCUUCUGCCCAUUAUCUUCCGUCGGAUGGCCAUCCGGGCCGGCGACGUGACGAAAACCUCGAGAGAACGGCACGUGCUUCACAACCUGUACGCCUUCUUUGUUUUCAACAACUUGGUUGUCUUCUCCCUCUUCUCCGCUGCAUGGACCUUCAUCGCAACGCUCGUCAAGUCGAACAGUGGCGAAGAUGCCUGGAACACCAUCAAAGGCGGAGAGCUCUACGGGAAGGUGAUGGGCGCCCUCUGUCAAGUCUCGCCGUUCUGGGUGACCUACCUCUUGCAGCGAAACCUCGGAGCGGCCAUCGACCUCGUCCAGCUGGUGAACGUGUUCUGGGUCUGGUUCUCCAAGACCUUCCUGGCCCCCACGCCCCGGCAGGCUAUCGAGUGGACGGCGCCGCCACAGUUCCAAUUCGCCAGCUACUACAACUACUUCCUGUACUAUGCGACGGUCGCUCUCUGCUUCGCUACGUUGCAGCCCAUCGUUCUUCCGGUUACCGCGCUGUACUUUGGCAUGGAUGCCAUCAUGAAGAAGUACAUGCUGCUCUACGUGUUCGUGACGAAGAACGAAUCCGGCGGACGUUUCUGGCGGGUCGUGUUCAACCGGUUGGUCUUUGCGACGAUCCUCGCCAACGUGGUGAUCGCCCUGGUGGCCAAGGUGCGCGGCACCUGGACGAUGGUCUUCUGCGUAAUCCCGCUUCCCUUCCUGAUGCUGGGCUUCAAGUUCUACUGCAUGAAGACCUUCGAUGGCGACAUCAAGUAUUACAACCGAGCCAACCUCAGCGAUGCCGAAGCUCUGGCAGUGGGCAAAUCCAGCAAGAAGGCCGCCGAACGACUCAACUCGCGGUUCGGCCAUCCCGCCCUCUACAAGCCCCUGAUCACUCCCAUGGUGCACGCGAGGGCGGCCGACGCGCUGAGCCGCAUCUACCGGGGCCGUCUCGGCUCGGUGGGCCCGGAGGGCGAGUACUCGGAUAUCGCCAUGAACCCCAUGUCCACGUCGCAGCCGGGCAAGAAGAUGGACGCUCCCUCGAACGCCCCCUUCGAGGUCGUUCCGGAAAACCACCUCGACUUCUCCUACUACAAGGAUCGAUCCGACUUCCGCGACGAAUUUGGCGGCGGCAUCUACGGGCGCCCGGACGACCUCAUUACCGAACGCUCGCACACUCCUCACAGCCAUCUGGGCGGCGAGUGGUCGCCCACCUCCUCGCGUGCAUCCUCUCCGACGCCAUCGCUACCGUCUAUUCGGCCGUACGAUCUGAAUGGCAACGAGCACAUCCACCCAGCGUUCCGCACGCCCUUAAACCGGAUGGAUAGCGGCCCGGUGGGCCAAGGACUCUACCAGCAUGAUGACGAGAGUCAUGCCGGGCUCCUCAGCCAGGCACAAGGGCCGGCAAUCAGCGAGACGACGACGCCGCUGGGUCGAUGGCGAACCGGAGGAUACGGGCCUGUGGAUCAGGACGAACCCAAUUCCACUUCAUACGAACAUUUUCGUGUGCCACGAUAG